GCCUACACGACAUUUCCAAAAGGGACCAAUAAAAGUAAUGACUUCAUAAAUAGAAUAAAAUAUAGAACAGACCGAAAGCAUCAACAGCUGAACACAGGUUUUGAUGCCAACCCUGAUGUAGAAGCACCGAUAGUUGUGUCACCAUAGUUAGUCCCCAUCACCUCGGCGGCCACAGAUAAUAUAUGAGCUGAUUAAUGAUUUAUGAGUAGGCCUGUUCAUCCUUACAGCCUACACGACACGGUUUGUUGACCGCAAUAACUUACAAUCAAGACAACUUUCCCAUCUGUCGCUUUUCCGUAUGUGCGUUACUGUGUUUGCGUGUGUCCACAGUUGUGGUCUUCACACACACAAGAGACAGGUUAAGCCAAGAAGCAGGAGAAGGGGGGAUAACAAGGGGAAUUUUGCGAUAAGAGGAUUAUCACGGUCGUUAGCCACCCGCCGGUCAAUGGAUGCCCGGUUCGCCGGUUGGAACACAGCGCAUGCAUUAGCCUACCGGGCGAGGAUCUCGAUCUGGUGCGAGUCGGAGGGCGUUUUGAACCGGUGGUAUAUGCUGAUUAACAGUGUCAAUACAAGAUGAUCUGUGACAGAUUGCUUCUGCACCAGAGAGCGGUUUCCUGAGAGGGUUUGUUGACAGGCCGUUUCUGACAUGAAGACCCGACCUGCGGGGAUCGGCAAUGUCAAUGCCGACUGGAUGGGUUCGCUCCCCUCCAAGCUCAGUGCCAUGCCCCUCAAACACCUCGCCGUGCCAGGGUCUCACGAUUCUUUUACCUUCUGGGUGGAUGUGCAUGCUCCUGUGGGCCCCGAUCAGAAGGCAUAUGUGAAGUACCUGGCCACCAUGUUCAGCGUCUUAGCCAAGAAAGUCAUGGUGAAGUGGUCCAUGACCCAGAAUCUGACAUUUAAAGAGCAGCUGGAUGCAGGAAUUCGUUAUUUUGAUCUCAGGGUCUCCUCCAAACCAGGCGAGCCUGGAAAUGAGAUCUACUUCAUCCACGGCCUGUUUGGCCACAAGGUGAGGGAUGGCUUGUUAGAAAUGAACUCAUUCUUAAGCAGACACAGGAAAGAGGUAGUGUUUCUAGACUUCAACCACUACUAUGCAAUGGACGUAGAGCAUCAUGUCUACCUCAUCAACAUGCUCCAGGAAGUGUUUGGCAGCAAGCUUUGUAACCACUGUGCAGUGGAGAGCAUCACUCUGGACUACCUCUGGGAGAAGAAAUACCAGGUCAUUGUGUUCUACCAUCAUCCAUCUGGUCAGGGCAUCUCUGUCAUGUGGCCUGGCAAUAAGAUCCCUGCUCCCUGGGCCAACACCACCCAACCCGACAAGCUCAUAAAGUUCCUAGAAACUACACUGAAGGAAAGAGCCAAGCAGGGCUCCUUCCAUGUGUCUCAGGCCAUCCUCACACCCAAGGUUAACACCGUGGCCAAGGGCCUGGUCUGGGGGCUACGCAACUACCUGGUGGAGAGAAACCUGCCAACCAUCAUGUCCUGGGUUGAGGCUCAGAGGCCGGGGGUGGACGGGGUCAACAUCAUCACCUCUGACUUUGUGGAGCUCACUGACUUUGCCAACAUUGUCAUCAAACUCAACAACCUUCUGUUGUCUGAACAGGACCUCAAACCAAGAUGACACAUGUUUGCACAACAGGACAAAUGUGUGCUGACCCACAGUUGGGCAGAGGUUGGAAGUCAGAUGGCAGAUUCUUCCGCCAUUGUUGGAUAACAGUUCUUACAUAAUGCUGGAGUCCAGGAAAUUAGUUUGUAAAAACAUUCUAUGAAGUUAGUUUUAAUAAUAAUGUAUUAUUUUACAUUAGUGACUAUCAUAAGCUAGCAAAUAGCUAUUUCUUUAGCUGACAAGGCUUCCUCCACUUGAGCAGUAAGAUACACAGGGAUACUAUAUGAGCCAGGGACCCUCUAGACCACUGAAUAACCUUCAAACCUUACAGGGACUUGCGUCACAGUUUUGGUUGCAGCCGACGCUCUCAGGCCCAGUAUCAUGCACAAAGUCCAAAAGAGGGAAAAAAUCCGGAGCUCAGAUCACUGAACACAGGGCAUGCCCAGAGGAUUUUUUACCAUCAUCAUAACGUCGACCAAAUCAGUCAUACCACAGCUCUGGCUUCAUUUCUGGAAUCCUUUUUCUACAUUCCCUUUUGAGGGAAAAUUGGAAAUAUAUCACAUUGCUACUGUCUAACAGACCCACAGCUACCUGUGACCUGGACAAGGAUCAUAUGACUCAGGGAUGUAACUUAUACGGUUUCAACAUUUCAAAUAUUAUAAUAGUUGUCCUUUUGUUUUUCAAAUGUUCUGAUCACAUUUUAAAAAGCCAGGAUCACAUAUUGCAAUUUUAUUAUAAUUUUUUAUUUAUUUUUUUAUUUGCUUUUUGAAAUACUGUAUGUAUAGGUGUUUAGGGUACUGUCUUCAUCGGAACUGUAGGUAUUGGAAUGAAAAGCGAUUGGGACAAGUAUUUGGUUUUCUGACUACUAAUACAUCCAACCUUUUGUUAAAGAAUUGGAAAGAAAAUGCUCGACAUGAUGGCAAUGGAAUUUGUUUACAUUGCUUUUCAAACACACUAAUAAUUGUAAACACUAGCCAGUGAACUAAAGUUGGGUUUUUAACUAUGCACUUGGUGUUUUUCCAAUAAUGAAAAGAGUAUUUUUGUUUCUAUGUUAAGCAAAGUCACGCCUUGUGAAAGAGGAGCCCACUGUGCCAACACUGUCUCAGUAUUCAUAGCUGGGCUGUACAGUUUAACUAGAGAUACAGACAGUGGCACCUUUAGGGGGGAAUUGCAGAAGGAAAGAAAAAUAUGUGUGGAACUUGUGCCACAAUUCCCAUAAAGCACGUGCACCCAUACAUAUACACAGCUAUACAUUUUUAUGUUUAUAGUAUUUUCUCACUUCCAUUGUUUAACUAGACGUGCAGGAAUAGAACCAAUCUCCAGUUAAAAGUACGUGGUGGAAAAGAAAAGAAGGGCAUAUAUGACCAUGUCCAGCAUAUGUCAAGUCUGCAGACCAUGUAUACUACAUGUAGAAAUAGUAAGGAACUAAAUGGCCAACUUAUUGUAGUCUAAAAUGUUUUGUGUGUGUAUCUGGGUGUGUAUCUGCGUCAGUGUGUGUUACUGUGUUUGUGUGUGUGCCUUGUGGGCCCGGUGAUUACUAUGCAUGAAAUAGACAGUAGUGCAGUGACAGUCGCUCUGCAUUCCUGUGGUCGGAGAGGAGGGGAGAGAGAGACAGCAGAAGAAGAGGCAGUUAGAGAGAGGAGAAGAGUGAAAGAGAAAGUUCAGCUGGAGUCAUAGAAAAUGGAGGAGGCAGAGAGAGUUUUCUGAACAACUGUUUUUUUCCUUCAGCAGCAGCAGCAGCAUCAUCUAACAGGAAAGUAAAAUGUUUUCUUUUCAUAUCAACUCUGCCCUUCUUUUUUUCCCUCCCUGACUCACUUGUGUGAAAUUGCCUGUUCCGUCCAGGCCACAUUGUUGACAUGGUUGAGUGUAGUCACCAAUCACUGCGAGGCGCACACACAGUCCCAAACACAGGCACUUUAAUUGUGGAGUAAUUACACAUACCACGGCAGACAAGUGGGAGAGCGGAGAGCAGCAGCUCUGACUGAUGGAGAGCAUUCCUUUGUUGUUUGGAUUGGUCCUCUCUCCGUCUGUAUCCCUGUUGGCUUCCCAGGUUUCGAAGGAGAAGGUGACAACUCAAGCAUGAUCUUCCAGAUGUUAAUAAAGUCCUAAAGCAAUAAAACUGCAUUUGCGCCUG